CCUUUUGCUUCCAAUCUAGAAAUCCUAACUAUUGGCUUGUGGAUUUUUCUGCUUGUCUGAAUAUGGCUGGGAGAAGCACAGAACUGAGGAUCGCCCUGGUUGGCAAAACUGGAGCUGGGAAAAGCGCAACAGGAAACACCAUCCUGGGGGACCAGAGGUUUAUAUCACACCUCUCUCCUUCCUCCGUGACAGCAAAGUGUCAGAAAGAGGACACUGUCAUUGGUGGUAGGAGAAUUGUGGUGGUUGAUACGCCUGGCUUUUUCGACACAAAUGUUCCAGAAGAUGUGACUACCAAGGAAAUCAAGACCUGCGUGAAGCACAUCUACCCAGGAGCCCAUGUCAUCAUACAAGUCAUUCAGCUGGCUCGUUUCAGCAAGGAGGAGAAAGCCGUUGCUCAGUUAAUCCAGAAGAUAUUUAGCUGCAAAGCCAAGGACUACAUGAUCAUCUUGUUCACCCGGAAGGAAGACCUGGACGAUAAGCCUUUGAAAGAGUUCUUGGUGGAGGGAGACCAGGAUCUGCAGAACCAGAUCGCUCAGUGUGGCGGGAGAUGCCUGGCUUUCAACAACAAGGCGAAAGGGCAGGAAAGAGAGGAGCAGGUGGCCGAAUUGCUUGGGAUGAUCGACCACCUGGUCCAAAAGAACAAGGCAGCCCCCUGGUACACUGAAGAGAUGCUAGAGGAGGACAAAGAAGAGAUUGAGAAGAUGAAGAGGAAAAUACGUGAGGAGGUGGAAAAGGAAGUAGCUGCCAGGGCAGUAAAUGAUUUAUUAUAUUCAUUUCACUCAGCAUGUAAUAUACUCUAAUAAGUACAAUGAGAAGAGGUUGAGAGGAUGAAGAGGGAAAUACGAAGGGAAGUGGAAAGGGAAAUUCAUGAAGAGAAGA